CAUGUGGGAGAAGGCUUUCUGCAUGCUCUGGAUGAUAGAAGCCCACAUUCUUUUUCCCACUUAUGAUUUCUAGCAUUAAAACUCUAAAGCUGUAAACAUCGGACUUUACUGAAAAUAGCCCUUCCAUUGCAGACCCUGGCGCCAUGUAUCCACUAUUGGAGAAAAUAUUAUGAUUUAUGGCUUCAAUCAGUUGAAGAAAUGAAACCAGAACUGUUCUAGAUGUGAUAUACUAUCAUUAUGAGGAAAAGUGACAUCCAAACAGGAUUUGCGAAACAAAGAAGUUCAAAAGGAAUGUACCACCCAACACAUUUACACAAGAGGAAUGACUUACUAUGUACCCACGACUCUGUUAGUGUUGGCUUCUAUUUGAUUGCAGUCAAAAAUCCUAGCAGUGCCAAAAUCUGAUAUCUUUGGAUUCAUGUCAUCAUCUAACAAUACAUUGCUUACUUUCAUAUCUCUAUGGAUGAUUUUGCUUACUCCAAAGCCAGCAAGGUGUAUGGUCUCGUGCAAUGUAGAGGCGACAUGUCUGCCAGUAAUUGUGCCAACUGCACAAAGGCUGCCAUUGCAGAAGCCUUGAGCGAGUGUCCGAAGUGCAAAGAGGUUUUGGUCUGGUUUGCUUGGUGUUUUCUACGGUAUUCGAACGAGAGCUUUUUUGGGAUUAUGGAACAGGGUUUAGUGGGCAUCACCAACGACACUGAUUUCGACGAUCCUUAUGUGAUUUCAAAAGGGCUUUCCUUCAUGGGUGGUCUUGCUUCCACGGCUCCUAAUCAGCCUUGUAUGUUCCAGAAAGCGGUGCUGGAUGUCGGACAAAGUGGGCAGAGGUAUGGUGUGGCUCAGUGCAGGCUAGACAUCAGUAGGGGUGACUGUGGCGUGUGCUUGGAUGCUCAGUUGGUGACGUCUCGAACAACAAUUGGAAACAAAAGAUGGUGGGAAACAUACGGUCCCAGUUGUUUUAUGUGGUACCAUGACUACCAGUUUUACUUCAACAUCUCCAUCUCUGCAAGUGAAGGUUCUAGAAGAGCCUCUUCAUAUGGAAGAGUUUCAAUUGGAGUAACUAUUGCAGUGCUAGCACUUCUGGUAAUGGUCUAGCUAGAUUGUUGUCCCGGCCUGUCGGCAGUCGCCAUGGGUAUAGGAGA